GGUCGGAACUACGGAUGGUGGUGGACAGAGAGCAUCGAGUACGCAACUGAUGCAGUAACGACACCACCGACGUCCAAGACACUUCUAGAGGUUGAUUUGUGCCCCGCGCGCGGCUCCGUGCUUCUAACAUUCCUCACGAGCACUUCGUUUGCACGACGUUGCUUCGAGACGAGGAGCAUCAUGCGGAGGCGGCAGAUCCUCCGCUCCAGGAUAUUAGCAACGCAAAAGUAUUUUAUCGCCAGAACGACGAUCAGAGAAGAAUGCACGAGGAGCCAUCGCAAGAAGAGAAACCGAAGGUUCGCCUUCUGCGACGAUGGAGCGACAUGCCUCAACACUUGCAAUUCAAUCCCCAUAUCCGCACUGGUUACAGACCGCUCAUGACCGUCGGACAGUGUCUUCGCAGUCUCUUUUAUAUACACAAUGAGACUGUUAAUAUCAUAACACAUGGAUUUGCCAUCCUAUACAUGUUAUUGACCAUUCCGCAACUUCUCCCAUGGAAUACCAAAGGUAUCCUCAUAGCAGUUUUAUCUUGGUGUCAUUUGAUCGGUGCCACUAGUCCGUGGAUCGGGUCUUUUAUUUACCACCUCUUUAUGAACUUGAACUACGACGAGAUCUUCUACCGAACACUAUUAAAAUUAGACAUGAUCGGUAUAUGGCUGUGUCAAAGUUUUGGGGCAAUACCUAUGAUGGCUGCAACAAUCCACUGUUUGCCUGAUAUUUAUUGGUACUUCUGUAUGUUUAUCUACUGCUUCUUUUGCAUUUGGGGUCUUCUUAAGGCGAUGAACGCGCGAUCUCCUUGGGAGAGAAGAUUAUGUUUCGCACCCCUUUUUCUCAUGAGAAUGCUGAUGAUGACUCUACGAUACUUAGGUAUCGGCGGUGGUUCUCCAGACGCUUUACUUCACAUCGUACUACAGGAUUUUGUAGCGGUUGUGGGAGCAAUAAUAGGCGCCUUGCGUAUUCCUGAGAAAUGGAUACCAGGCAAACUGGAUCUAAUGUUGAAUUCUCAUAAUUUAAUGCACGUGCUGGUUGUCCUGGCGAUUUGUUCGAUGCACGCUGCGACUCUGCAAGAUCUUGCUUGGAUCUCCGACUCGUCGGCGUGUAAUAAAACGAUCCUCGAUCAGUUGAAACACGAUGAACUGUGAUCGAAUGGUGUGGGUGAAAAUCUAAUGAAGUCUGUGAUAAAUCGAGCCUACGCCAACCGCCGGUUACUUUGUGUGUAGAUACACACUCUGUUUAAUCGACGGCCACUUUUUAAGUAAAGAAACCAAAGAAAGAAAUAAGUAUACGUACCAAAAUUUAAUACAUAUGAAAAAAAAAAGCAAAUAUAACGAGAAGAGAGCACGUGGAAUAGUUGAAGUACAAGUACGAGUACAAAAGUUAAUUUAUCAUAUCACAGAGAAUAAGAUAAAUGGUGAAAUAUUUAUUUUUAUCGUUAAUUCGAAUAUCAGGAGUAAUUCCAUUUUUUUCGAGUAAAAUAAUUCAACUUGAAUAAGCACAUCAAAAAUACGUUUAUUGUUGUGAUUAUAAGAAUUUAAGAUCCGCAAUAAUUUAUAAGAUGUGUUCCCGGACAUUCGUUCCUUUAAUUAGACACACAUCGUUUCUCAAUGUCGAUACCACUCGUGUAAACGAAUAAAACUAUCCCAAAA